AUGGACUCAGUCAAGAGGGCCAGGUGGUUAUCCCCAAAGGCUGAAGUUGCAGAUAAUCUUCCCACACAUGAGCGAUUUCUCUCAUCACAGGGCUCCCGAUUCGGGGUGCGGAAUGGCUCCCUGCUGCUGGCCCCAGGCCAAGAGCGCAUUCUCAAAGCUCUGGCAGUGAAGUCCAUGCCAGAUAUUCUCUGA